AUGAAAAGAGAGUUGAUAGAGCCAAAAUAUGGUAUACUUUCUGUCAUUGGCUUCAAAGGUGACGAAGAUUCCUGUAAAAAAAUAAGGGAAUAUUUCAAACCCGAUGAGCAUACAUUGAAGUUGUUAACACCAAAUCCUUCAUCACAAGAGGAACUAAUAAGUCUUUCUGAACCUUGUUAUGCAUCUCCUGAUUAUGACCCUGCAAAUGGAAACGAUGGGCUGACUCCACUAAAGAGAUCUUUAAGUGAUGGAUUAGAAGAUAUUGAGUAUCCAACUUUCCUCCAACAAGCUAAUCAAAGAUAUUAA